AUGGUUGGAUUGGAUGAUCUGAGGCUUGAUCUGAGUCACAAGACUGAAUCUGGUCUGACGGUUGGUGAAACUCUGAAAAAGCUAGAGUUUCAGAGGCAGGAAAGGUUGUCUUUAGUCCCUACUCUCGACGAAGAUGUACGAGCUGUACUAAGGUGGUUAAAUAAGGAUGUGGUUAUUGAGGGCGAGGACAACCUAAGCCGUCGUGAAAGGUUAGCAGAGCUAUUAUAUUCAUCUCCGGAGCUAUUAGAUUCUUAUAAAGAGUCUCCAUUUUAUGUUUCCCAGGAUAAAAUACUAGAUAGACAAGGCAUUGAGGCAGAAGAUGAGGAAGAGGAAGAAUUUUAUACUCCAGCUUCUAGCGAGUUUGUUAAUGCUCGUAAAGAUAUAGUUCAGUAUUCAUUAGCUCGUGCAAACCGUAGGCUUCAGAAUAGUAUUGAGCAGAAUAAGAACCUAAAUCUCAAAGAAGUACUACUAAGACGAAGAGAACUGAACAAAAGACUAAAACUAUUUGAAUUAACAGGCACACAGCUACUGCAGGGAGGUCCUGUUUCGCAAGUAGCUGUGUCUCCAGAUGGUAAACAAGUUAUAACUGGGGACUGGAGUGGGCAGAUUAGGAUAUUGGACAGUCAAUCUUUGGAAUUGCAGCAAACUUAUGAAAACGGUCAUUCAGAUAAGAUAGGAGGCCUGGAUUGGGAUCCAACGGGACAAUAUGUACUCUCUGGAGCCGCCGAUUGUUUGCUGAAACUUUGGGAUACUACCCAGAGUAUUUGUUCCCAUGAAUACAGUGGACAUACUGGACGAGUAGCGCGAGUUAAGUUCCAUCCUAGUGGGAAAUAUGCUGCUAGCGCUUCUUUCGAUAUGACUUGGGCAUUUUGGGACUUAGAGAAACAGGUAGAACUUCUUUCUCAGGAGGGGCAUUCUAAAGAAGUUUUCAAUGUAUGCAUGAAUGGAGACGGUUCGUUAUUAGCAAGUGCGGGGCUUGAUUCAAUAGGAUUAAUAUGGGAUUUACGGUCUGGUGAGUCUAUAAUGGUCUUAGAUGGCCAUGAGAAGUCUAUUUACGGGCUUGAUUGGUCGCCAAAUGGUUACCAAGUUGCAACUGCAAGCGCUGACGGAACAAUUAAGAUUUGGGAUUUGAGGAAGCUUGGAAAUGUCGGAACAAUACUGGCCCACAACAGCGCAGUUGUUGAUGUUCGAUUUGACAAGGAAAACAGGCCAUUUUUAAUAUCUGGAGGUUACGAUGGUAAGGUUAAUAUAUAUAGUUCAUACAACUGGAAAUGUCAGCAUACCUUGGAAGGUCAUACAGGAAGGGUAAUGUCUGUUGACAUAUCGAACGAUCUUGUCCUAUAUAGUUCAGGGUGGGAUAGAUCUGUCAAAAGAUGGACAAUUAACGAUAAAUGA